AUGAUUCCAAGUUUUACUCGAACGUUUUCUUCCACAACUAAAGUUGUUAAAAAGGUGAAUUGUGCUGUAUAUGGGAGUGGAUUAUCCGCUAGUGGAGCGCUAGGCAUUCCUAACCUGGUAGUGAACAAUAAAGUAGUGAAAGCUCGUGAGCAGCCAAAACCCACUCGCAUCACGUAUCUAAACACUCUUGGCAUUAACAAGAUAUCAGCUGGAUUUGGCUUUUCGUUAUUUGCUUCGAACAGCAAGCUAUUUGGAGCUGGUCUGAACAAUAGGUUUCAAGUAACAACACAACUAGGGAAAGAAGGUGUUCAAGACUACUAUAUAAGCUGUAAGAAGCUUGCUCUACCUGAAAAUGUGAAAAUCCUCUCCAUUUCAAGCGGAAGAGCACAUUCUUUGGUCGCCACGAACGUAGGGUUGUUUGCGUUCGGUGAUAACUGUCAUGGUCAAUGUGGUGUGAACCCAGAAAUCCAUUCUGAAGUUUUCGGCACCGCUGAGAAACCUCUGCCGUUAGUUAAUAUCCCAUCAGAAGCAUUAGUUACAAGUGUUCACUGUGCUCUGGAUACUUCUUUCGCUGUGACUUCAAAAGGAGAAGUUUUCGCUUUUGGUCUUAAUGAAGAUGGUCAGUGCUCUAACGGAUCUUAUGGAAUACAGUUUCAUCCGAGUUUGAUAACUGGAGAUGCAUCUGAUGUUCCGAUUGUUGAAGUAAGUGGCAGUUCUGACACAAUUUUUGGAUUAUCAAAAGAGGGAGAAGCUUUCAUUUGGGGCCAAUGCGAGUAUAAUCAAGCUGGGGAAGGAUUGAGAGAUGUCCAAUUGAACGUCUCCAGAAGAUUACCAUUUAACUUAGGGAAUGUUACUUCUAUUGGUAGUUCUACUGCAGCUGUGGUAGCUUCUAAUUCAGAAGGACAAGUAUACGUUUGGGGAGUCGGACUGCUAGGAUUGGGUCCCUCUGUUCAAAGGCUUGUUCGCCCAACCAUGAUGGAUCAACCACUGUUCAACAACAAAAAGGUGACCCAAGUUUAUGGUGGUAAUACUGGGAUGUGUGCUAUAAAUGAAGAAGGGACUUGUUUCAGUUGGGGCCAGAACAGAUAUGGUCUGCUGGCUCUGGGACACUACAAAGAUCAGUAUUUUCCUUUCCAAGUCAGUGUUCCUGGUGACGUGAAAACCGUUGCUAUCGGACCAGAUCACGCAUUAGUUUUGAUGAAAUAG